AAGUUACACAAUGCUAUUUCAUAGUUACAAAAAUUAACAUAUUUCCUUAGCAUUUUCACAAGAGCUCUAUACGUUGCACGUUGCAGCAGCUGAAUAACUUCUUUGCCACAGGGACAAGCACAGGCUCCAUCUGAGAUAUCUUCAGUGUUCAAGCUCUAACCCCACACCUAACCUAACUACCUCUUGGGAACCAUUUCUCCUAGCCACUGUCGACAAUGGAAGAACUGCUCCAUUCUUGCCGGCCACUGAGAGUAUUCAUCAUCCUACAGCUAGCUACAGACUUACAGUACACUGAGUACACCACAAUGACCAUACAGGCUAGCUCUCCCUGGACCGGACCUGUCUGUUGAUGUGGACGGCUUUGUCUUCAUUGCUUGCUACUAAAGCACUAACUGGAGCGGUCCUAGUCUGCAAUGGUCACGGUACGGCUAGAGGGGGACCUGGUAACUCCACUCUGUGUGUGUGCCAGGAACCAUACACUGGGGAUACUUGUCAAACCUGUAAUCACGGCUACUACGGCAACCCAAUCAACGGUGGACACUCAACUAGUCACUGGAAUGGAGUUCCACAAGUUCUACUUUGACCAUCAUUUGCCUGCGUCCCCCUCUGCCAUACAACAGUCCAUGAUCACACCCAAGGUUCAGAUGUUGGGGGACUCAGGCGCUUAUUGUGCCUACAUCCGCCUCAUCCAAACAGUCGACAAGGAAGGCGUGGCUCACUCAGUGAGUAUUCCAGAGACCAGGAUCUGGCAGGAUAUUGGAAGUAUGUUCAUUCUCAUUGCUCGGCUGGUGGGGCCAAUCCAGCGAGGUCACCUGACACCCCUUCGGAGGUUUCACUUUAUAUAAUACAACUGCUGAUACAGACUAUCCAGGCACUAGAUUUAAACACUUGUUAGCUGUGUAGUAACCAAGGUAUGAAGGUUCAGAGUACAUAGUCACCGUGUUUCUCGUAGAUGAUGGUAGGGCUCCACUAGGUUGUGGUUGACACACUUCACCAAUCCCAUCCUCGCCUUGACCUCCUCCUACAAAACUAGCUCACGUUAACAACCACUUGUAAUUAAAGUGGUCAGAUUGUAAAUGUGUACAUUUUAAAGGGCUAGUAUUGAGACAGUACUCGUCACCUCAGUGACAAUGGCAUGGAGGUGAACACUUGGCACACACCUCACGCACUGUACAACACGUACUGUAACAUUGAAACAGUAGCACAUAGUCAUGUGACACAAUUCAUGUGUAUGAUAAAUGCAUUAUCAGUCCUUGAGGUCAUUGUUAUGAGGGGGCUUGUAAGCUAAGCUCUCGUACAAUGUAGGCAGGUAGAGGAUCACAUACUUCUGACUCACAAAUGCAUCCCUAGUAUAAAUUAGGAGCAUUCAAAUUCUACUCACAAGCAUGGAUCCAUCACAAAACAGAUUAUGUUACGCUACACAUGUACUAUGUAAGUUUACCAUUCU